AUGUCAGCUCCUCAUACCGUUGCGACUAGCCCGUCCAGUAGCGAGGGGCUUGCUGCAGCCGUGGUGGAUGCGGCGUUUGCUGCAGCGGAAGCGAUUGCUACAGCGGAAGCGAUUGCUGCAGCGGAAUCGAUUGCUGCUGGUAUUCCUGUGACUGAAGGCGGACGUGCUCUUGGCACUCUUGUUGACGUGGCAGAGGAUCUUCUUGUUGAUACAUCAGCACGCCGGGAUCUUAACGAAGAGGCGGGGGAGAAAGGUUCUUCAAGAGAUAUUCCAGUAACAGAAACGGAUGCUGAACUUCAGGGCAUUCAGGAAGAUAAGGAAGAGCAAAUGGCGGAGGAUGAAGAUAUGGAAGGGCCAGUGGGCGAAAUGCUGGGAGAUGAAAUUGGUGGGGGAAGCGAGGAUGUGGGAGAGGAACGAACACCAGCGUGGGAAACCCCUGCAAGUCCAGCCAACAUUCACGCAACAAAGGAGGCGGAAAUGUCACCGGCAGCAGCAGGCGAGGAGAUGCAAAGCGGCAGCAAUAGGGCUGCUGAACCUGAGGGGAUUCAGGAAGAGCCAAUGGUGGAGGAUGAGGAUAUGGAAGGGCCGGUGGACGAAAUGCUGGGAGAUGAAAGCGGAGGAGGAAGCGAGGACGUGGGAGAGGAACGAUCACGAGCGCUGGAAACCCCUGCAAUUCCAGCCAAUGAUAAAGCAACAACUGAAGCGGAGAUGUCACCUGCAGCAGCAGGAGAGGAGGUGCAAGGCGGCGGCAAUAGGGCUGCUGAACCUGAGGACAAUCUGGAAGAGCCGAGGGCAGAGGAUGAGGCAAUGGAAGGGCUGGGGGGAGAAAGUGGAGGAGGAAGCAAGGACGCGGGAGGAGAGCAAUUGCCAGCUCUGGAAAUUCCAGAAAGUCUAGCCAACGAUAAAGCCAAGGAGGCGGAGAUUUCACCAGCAGCAGCAGGAGAAGACAUGCAAGAUGGUGGCAAUAGGGCUGGUGGUCGCUGGGAGUUAAAAUCACAUGGGAAGGCACUAGCGAGCAAAAAGAGAGGAGCUGCAGAGGAAAUGCAGAGGGUCAAGGCAACACAGCAGCCACCGUCGGUGGUUCUGGAGUCGACCGAAGUGAGCGUCACGACAGCUGAGGCCGUUUCCGGUUCCGAAACUGCUGCGACCACUCCGUCCAGUACCCGGAGGCUUCCUACAGCCAUCGUGGAUGCGGCGUUUGCUGCAGCGGAAGCGAUUGCCGCUGGUGUUCCUGUGACUGGAGGCGGACGUGCUCUUGGGGCACCUGCUGACGCGGCAGAGGGUCUCCCUCCGCUCGUUGACACGUCCGCAUACCGGGAUUCUAGCGAAGAGGCCAGAAAGAAGGGUACGGGAGUCGAGAUCGCAAUAACAGGGACGGAUGCUGAGCCUGAGGAAAGACAGGAAGAUGACGUAGAGGUAAUGGAGGAUGAUGAGCCUAUGGAAGCGCCGGCUGACGUGACUCUGGGGGAAGAACCUGGCACAGAGGGAGGAGGAGGCGAGGAACUGGAAGAAGUGGAACGAUCACCACCGCUGCAAACUCCAGCAACCCAGGGAAGAGCAGCAGAGGAGACGAAGUCGUCGCCAACAGCAGCAGUGGAAGAGUUUACAGGCAGCGGCGGUAGAGCUGCUGGUCGCUGGUCCUUGAGGUCUCAUGGGAAGGCAGCAGAGCAUGAAGAGAUGAGAACUCAGGAGGUUCAGGAGCAAGAAACCAGACGGGUCAAGGUGCGGAUGGACGGCAACGAGGUGACAUAUGACAUCAAUACUACAGCUCCUCUUCGCAACAUGUUUGCACUCUUCUGCCAGCGACUGCAUUUACCUGAAGGUGGAGUGACGUUCUGCAAGGAUGGCCAUGUUGUACGGGGAAACCAGACCGUGAAGGAUGCUAAGCUUGCUGAUGGUUCUAUCAUUGAAGGACAUUAUCAAAAGUACGCUGGGUAG